CACUGCCAUGCGGAGCCGAGCCGACGGUUCACUUCGGUUCAAAAGCCACUUGCCGAAUCGAAUCGGACCGGUCCCCACCCACCACCUUUCGUCCUUUCCCCCCACUCCAAGCUCUAGCCAAUCGCGGGAGACGCUCGUCGUCCUCGCCGCCGUAACCGUCUCCGGGCCCGGCCUACCUCCAGCCACCCCACGUCGGUAGCCAGUAGCCCCACCAACGCCUACGGCGACCCCACGAAGCAGCUUCCUUAAAAAAAAACCUCGGCGGAUGGCUGGGCCUGGGUUCCUGCUGCAACUGCAACCCCACCACGUCCUCCUCCUGCUCCUCGUCCUCCCCUGCCUGCUUCCCUGUCUCCGCGCGACGACCGAGAUGGCGCCAACCGCCGCCGCCGGCGGCUCCGACGAGGGCGCCAGCGCGCUGCUCGGGCUCCUGCAGCGGGUGCAGUCGGAGGCGCUGCGCGUGCUGGGGCCUCACGACUUCGACCCCAAGUUCUACGUCGACCUGCCGCUGGCCACCGACGAGCGCGCCGCGGACGCCGCCCUCGCGGCGCUGCCGCGCCACCCGGCGCCGUCGCGAGCGGAGCUAGAUGACUUCCUGUCCCGCCACUUCGGGGACCCCGGGACGGACCUCGUGGACGCCGACCCACCGGACUUCGACGCCGAGCCGCGCGGGUUCCUGCCCCGCGUCCACAGCCCCGAGGCGCGGGCGUGGGCGCUGGAGGUGCACGCGCUGUGGAAGCAACUGGCGCGGCGGGUGGCGCCCGACGUCGCGGCGCGGCCGGACCGGCACACGCUACUGCCGCUGCCCGGCGGGGUCGUCGUGCCGGGCUCCAGGUUCCGAGAGGUAUACUACUGGGACUCCUACUGGGUCGUCAGGGGAUUGCUAGUGAGCAAAAUGUAUGACACGGCAAAGGCUAUUGUGCUUAACCUUGUAUACAUGUUGGAAAAAUAUGGUUUUGUUCCGAAUGGUGCAAGAUCCUACUACAUUAACCGAAGCCAACCACCACUUUUAAGCUCCAUGGUUUUAGAAGUAUACAGGGCAACUCGUGACGUGGAGUUUGUUAGGACAGUAUUCCCCUCUCUGCUUAAAGAGCAUAGCUUCUGGAUGUCAGAUAUUCAUAAUGUGGCUAUAGCGGACAAUCAUGGUCAGGUCCAUAAUUUGUCUCGGUAUCAGGCUAGGUGGAACAAACCUAGGCCUGAAAGUGCGACAAUUGAUGAGGAACUGGCUUCGAAGGUUAAUUCUAUGGCCGCCAAGGAAAAACUGUACCGUGAAAUUGCUUCAACAGCAGAAUCAGGAUGGGAUUUUAGCUCUCGAUGGAUGAGGAAUUCUACUGACAUGACAACAUUGGCAACCACUUACAUCAUUCCUGUGGACUUGAACAUAUUCAUAUUUAAGAUGGAGCUGGAUAUUGGUGCCUUGGCUAAACUUGUAGGAGACAGUGCAACUUCAGAAAAAUUUUUAAGGGCUUCAAAAGCACGUCAUAUUGCAAUUGACUCUAUUUUGUGGAACUCUGAGAUGGAACAGUGGCUUGACUAUUGGCUUCCUGCUGACGCAGACUGUCAGGGAGUUCACGAAUGGAAGACCAACUCACAGAACCGCAACAUAUUUGCUUCUAACUUCAUUCCGCUGUGGCUAAAUGCAUACCAUUCUGGAUUGGUACGCUUUGCUGAUGAGGCAAAAUCAAAGAGAGUCAUGGCAAGCCUCAAGGCAUCUGGAUUACUUCAUGCCGCAGGAAUAGCAACUUCUCUGAUAAACACAGGCCAACAAUGGGAUUUCCCAAAUGGAUGGGCCCCGCUGCAGCAUCUUAUAGCUGAGGGGCUGUCGCAUUCUGGAUUAUCAGAGGCUAAAAAAUUAGCUGAGGACAUUGCUACAAGGUGGGUGAGAACAAACUAUGCCGCUUACAAAUCGACGGGUGCGAUGCAUGAGAAGUACAAUGUUACCGCUUGUGGAGAAUCUGGAGGCGGUGGUGAAUACAAGCCCCAGACUGGUUUUGGCUGGUCCAAUGGUGUGGUAUUGUCAUUCUUGGAAGAAUUCGGGUGGCCAGAGGACAAGGAAAUAGCCUGCUCAGGCAAAGUGCUCACGACAGGGUGAACUUUGUCUCGUCGAAGAGCAAUCUGGUUCAUUACAACGUCUAUAGAUGGCUACGCGAGUGGUGUGGCAUGCGCGUGGCGUGUGCACACUGCAGAGCGCAGACAUGCAAGUUUUACAUUGCAUUCUGCAGUUCGUGUGUUUGUGUUCUAUUGUUUGGUUUUAGUUGCGACUAGGCUAGGAGAUUCUUCUUGUAUCUGCUGGGUAAAUCUACAAUAUGUACUGCUGUACCGGUCCCGACUCUUAUUAUAUUUAGGGCUUGUUUGACACAGCUCAACUUCACUAGUAAA